UUGAAGGCGCCACGUCGGCAGAACCAGCAGGGUGAAAAGAGAGCUGCGUAGCUCAGCCUGUAACCGACUGCGAGCGAGGAGAAGUUAGGAAGCAGCGGAUCCGUUCGGAGUUUAGUUCACUUUUUUUAAUGCGGUAACAGCGAACCCACGAAGAAGAACAAGGAGUCGAAGACGAAGACGAAGACGAAGACGAAGGCGGCAUUGGUAGUCGGAGCAGCAGGUCGGAGAACAGCGAUUUGAGGGCAGAGUUUGGUUCGCAGGCUGAAGCAGAAGCUGUCUCAAGUUUCCCUGCCAGGUGUGUGCGUGUGGCAGAAGCUCUGGGAACAAUGGUGAAGAACGUGAACAGCGUGGUCGUGGAGCCGCAGCCCGGCACCAGCAUGGCCCCGGACGAGGCCGAGCCCGUCGACGCCGAGCCCGCAGAGGACUCCGGGAAGGACCACGUGGUGGCCGCCCCCGGCAUUAUCUGGCGGGUGACCGGCGGCCUCUUCAACGUCACCAAGGGAGUGGUGGGCGCGGCGGUGGGCGGCGUGGUCUGGGUGGGCGGCAAGAGCCUGGCCAUCACCAAGUCGGCCGUGACCACGGUGCCCAUGAUGGGCGUGGGGCUCGUGAAGGGCGGCGUGGCCGCCGUGGCCGGAGGCGUCUCCUCGGUGGGCUCGACGGUCAUCAGCAAAGUCCCGUUCACGGCCAAGAGGAAAGACAAGGCUGAGUAAAGAGGACGACCACGACGACGACGACCACGAUGACGAAGAUGAUGAUGAUGAUGGACCAACCAGGAGAGGCUGCCAGCUGACCUCUCGUCUGCCAAUCAAACUCUACAGUGCCUUCUGACGCCUAUCCUCGGGUCUCGUCGCCAAUCGGGAGAUCCAGACUUUUGAUACAAACACACUACGUUCGCCACAAUACUCCGUUACCGCGGCAACCGAGAAUCACCAGAAACGCUUCACGAUAAGUUCGUCGUCCGGCUGCCGGGGCGGGAUUCACACGUCUGGAAGUGAACAUCCGGGCUCCGGGUAGGUCAUAUGAACCGGGAUGAAUAUUUUUAUCUGUUUACAAUCCAGACUGAGGCGCUCCGCUUUCUUCUUCUUCUUCUUCAGUCUUUAAUGCGUGUUUAGUGACAUGUUCCAGAGUUUAAAAUGCUGUUUUUUUUGUUUUCCAACGGUAUUGAAAUGUGUGCGACAAACAAGAAUAGGGGUUUUAAGGAAAAAUACAAACAUUCUUCAGUCUACUGACCUUCUUUAAACCUUUGGAUGAGCCCUGGGGCCUUCUUCUCUUCUUCUCUUCUCCUCUUCUUCUCGCCUCUUCUUCUCUUUCCACCCAGCAGCCUCGUAGGAGCACUUCUCUGAACUCUCUGUGAGACACAAUCACAAAUACUGGGCUCAGGUAUUUUUCUUUUCUUCCAAAGUUAUAUUAUUGUUGACAUGUUUAGUUCUCAUUACGUAUAUAAAAACGCUGCCGCUGGACCGUUUAAAAAUUUUACUUUUUGUUUUCCAAAAAAAAGAUUUAAAGAAACAUUCUGCAGCGUUUGAUUCAUCGACGGUUGUUUGAGAGGAAAAGUUCCCAGUGUUGUCCGAGCUGCUCGAUUCUGUGAAGGUUGAGCUGUACCUCCUUUUUUUUUUUUUAUGCUCGAAAGGCGACGUUCGUGAACGUUUUAUAUGCAAUAUCAGCAUUUCAAUGCAACAUUUGCCGUGAAUGGGAGCCGUUGCUUAUGGGCCUAAACUAUGUGAAUGUCUUGUUUGUGUUUUUGUUUUCCCAAUAUAUAUCAAUAAAGUAGUUUUGAAGUUUA